UAUAUCUUAAUAGUGAAUUUGUAAUUAUCCUUUCUCACACACGAUUUGAGCAGUUUGGAGCUGAUGCCCAAAAUACUAAUAAUUUAUUCAAUGAAUAAAUGAAGGUCAUCAACCCAGUGUCUUCUUUCAACUGUUAUAGAAAGUUGUUCAGUGAUGGUAUUGAUCGUAAAAUUAAAAAAUGUGACAAAAUCAAUUCACCCGCCUUGUGGUACUCUUAGAUCCUGUACGAAUAAUUGAGAUAACAUUGAAACAUUAAGGACUUGGAUGACCUGCCUGCUGAGUCAUUUUCAAGUGAAAGUAUGGCUAACAGCUGCAUCUACAACAGAGUCUAUUGUGUACACCCCAAUAUCGGGAUCAGAAACAAAUAAUACAACAACAGCUACAUCUACAACAGGGUCUACUGUGUAUACCACAAUAUCAGGAUCAGAAACAACUAAUCCAACAACAGCUACAUCUACAACAGAGUCUACUGUGUAUACCACAAUAUCAGGAUCAGAAACAACUAAUCCAACAACAGCUGCAUCUACAACAGGGUCUACUGUGUACACCACAUUAUCAGGAUCAGAAACAACUAAUCCAACAACAGCUACAUCUACAACAGAGUCUACUGUGUACACCACAAUAUCAGGAUCAGAAACAACUAAUCCAACAACAUCUGCAUCUACAACAGAGUCUACUGUGUACACCACAAUAUCAGGAUCAGAAACAACUAAUCCAAUAACAGCUGCUUCUACAACAGAGUCUACUGUGUAUACCACAUCAUCAGGAUCAGAAAUAACAAGAAACCGUUUAAUUUCAACACCAGACUUUUCUACGGAGUCCACUGAAACAUCAAUCACUAGUGAACGUACAACGUUUUCCGAAGGAACGACCAAGGAAACCUGUAAAAGAAUUGAAGGUGUAUCAACUGGUAAAAAAGCAGCCAUUGUAAUGCCUUUUAUAAUAAUUAUUGCACAAGUGACGCUGCUUACAUUCCUUUAUUACCGCAGGAGGAAUGAAGGGAGACUGAAUGAUAUGGUUGUUAUGUUCAGAAGAAAUUCUAAUCUUCAGAGUUACGAACUUCUUCCUUAAACAGUCGGUAACUGCUCCCUAGAUUUAAUACCUAAUUCAGCCAUUGCUUCUCUUAUUUGAGAACUGAUGUAAUUGAUAAGGUUUUGUUGUUGUUGUAGAAGAAAGGAGAGAUAUAUGGCAUAUAAGCUUCUAAUAGUUUUCUACACAAACCCCUUUUAACUCAAGAUAUAUCGAGCUCCUUUUAAGCAUUUGUACCUAUUCUACUUGUAUUGGUAUGUAAAUUACUGUUUUUAUAUAUAUUUUGAACAGUGUAAUUCUUAAAACCACAGAAAAUGUGAAUGCUAUAACUACAAAGUUUGUAUGGAGGCGCUUUUCAUGCUGUGGCGUAGGACAAAUGAAUUAUGUUGAGAUAGUCCAUUUUAUCCAGUAAAAAAAGCAGGUAGAAUAUUACAGAAGUUUUAUGAAAUAUGCUACGUAAUAUUGCAUUCAAGAACAUGAAAUCGUUAGCUUUUAAUUUUAUAUUUUAGUCACAUAUUUCAACUCUGUAUGAUGCCUGUACAAAACUAGAAACACUUCAAAGAAGUUUAAAGAAUAUAAACUAGAACGCUCAGUUUUAUGUCAGUUUUAUAUUAAACUCUAUUCCCAAAGCUUAAUUCAUUUUAAAAUACCAAUGAAAUGGAAAUGUUUUAACUGAAUAUAUAUACAUUUAAAAUACGAAUACAACAGAAAUGUUUUGACUGAAUAUACUGUAACUAGUGUUAUAUAUUUUAAUACACCCCUAUCGAUACUUAUUUCAUUGAAGAAAUAUUGAACAUCUGUAACAACAUAGACAGUUUUAACAUUUUAUUGUGAUAUUAACUUUUCAAUAGUUGUUUAGCUAUCCUAAUUUAGGUUUCAAAGAAUGAAUAUAUAAGCAUUUAGUAAUAUAAAAAAACUACAACAGAUCUAAACUGGUUUGUUUUUUGUUUGUUUGUUUGUUUUUGAAUUUCGCGCAAAGCUACACGAGGGCUAUCUGCGCUAGCCGUCCCU